CCGCCGGAGCCGGGGAGCCCCGAGGGGCUUCAGCGCCUCCUGGCCGAGAACCGGGACCUCAAGGAGGCGCUGCGGCGCUGCACGGAGGCGCUGCGGCGGCGCUGCGACGAGCUCCGGCGCUUGCAGGCGGCGCGGCGGGACGAGCGCGACGCCCUGCUCGGCCGCUUCCGGCAGGCCCGGGCCCUCGUGGAGCGGCUGCGCGCCCAGGCCGCCGCCGCCGCCCCCGCCCCGCGCCCGGAGGACGACGGCGACGACGGCGGCCGCGACGAUGAUGAUGACGAUGGCAGUGGCAGCGCCCCGGAGCCUCCGCGCGACCUGCCGCCGCUGCAGGAGAACGGCAGGAUCCCGGCGGAGCUGCUGCAGCAGCGGCUGGCGGCGGCGGAGACCGAGCAGGCGGCGCUGCGGGAGGCGCUGGCGGCGGCGCGCGAGGCCCGGGCGGCGGCGGAGGCCCGGGCGCAGGAGGCCGCGCGGCAGGCGGAGCUGCAGCUGCAGGCGCUGCGGCGGCAGCUCGAGCAGGACAAGGCCUCGGUGAAGGCGCAGGUGACGUCGCUGCUGGGCGAGCUGCAGGAGAGCCAGAGCCGCCUGGAGAGCAGCCGGCGGGAGCGCGCCGAGCUCGAGCAGAGGGCGCGGGCGGCCGGCGAGCGCUGCCGGGCGCUGGAGGAGGCGGCGGCCGCCCACAGCCUGCAGCUGGACCAGCUGCGGCUCCAGGCGCAGAACCUGGAGGCCGCCCUGCGCGUCGAGCGCCAAGGGGCCACCGAGGAGAAGCGCAAGCUGGUGCAGCUGCAGGUCGCCUACCACCACCUCUUCCAGGAGUACGACAGCCACAUCAAGGCCAGCCUGGGCGACAGCAACCGCACCCAGCUGGCGGAGGUGGUGGCGCAGCUGCAGCAGGCCGAGGAGGCGCUGGUGGCCAAGCAGGAGCUCAUCGACAAGCUCAAGGCGGAGGCGGAGCGGCACCGCGCCACGCUCGAGACCAUCCCCGUGCUGCAGGCGCAGGCCGACAUCUACAAGGCGGACUUCGAGGCGGAGCGGGCGGCGCGGGAGCAGCUGCACGCGCAGCGCGAGAGCCUGCAGCAGAGCCUGGCGCAGCUGCAGCGGCACUGCGAGCGCCUGCGCGCCGACGCCCAGGGCGCCGCCUGGGCCCGCAUGGAGGAGAUGAGGAACCGGCACGCAGAGCUGCGGGGCUCGGUGCCCCCGGGGGGCUACGGCGGGCUGGCGCUGGCCGGCCCCCCGCCGCCGCGCGCCGCCCCCGAGGAGCAGCCCGACUUCUGCUGCCCCAAGUGCCAGUACAAGGCGCCCGACAUGGACACGCUGCAGAUCCACGUCAUGGACUGCAUCAAGUGAGGGGGGGGGGGCCGCCCCACGGCGCCGCGCUGCCCCACGGCGCGGUGCUGCCCCACGGCGCAGCGCCACCCCACGGCGCAGCGCCACCCCCCCCACCUCCCCAUUAAACCCCGGGCGGCAGCGGCCGCUGCGCCGGCGGCACGGCCGUAACGACGCCUUACUGUUA